GCGCGCGGACACACAGACAGACAAGAACGCUCCAGAGCCGCGAGCUGGGGACGGCGGUUCCCGAGACGCGCGCGAGCCCUCUUUGAUUUGCCGAUCCGGUAAAGCCACACAUUCACCUGGAAGACGGUGCGACCCGCGGACCGGGAGGAUUUCAGAUCUGGAGAAUAACUUUUUAGCAGCAAUUUCAGGAUUUCUGGAGUGAAAAUAAAAAUAACAAACAACAACUAUUUAAAACAGGAUUUUUGCUUUUAGAAUUCACGACAACCGAAGGACGUUUGAAUCUGUUGUUGUUGUUGUUGUUGUUUUAUUUUAUGUUAAAUUAAAUUAAAUUAAUUUUUUUUUUUUUUUUUUUUGGAACAAUGUGAGAAAACAACAGUCGGAGAAUACAAGCAGGAUUUUCUGAACCAAGGCUGUUUUACGCACGGGAAGCGCAGUCGGAACAUUCAGAAGUCCUCUCUGAGUUUUUGCUCCUCUUCAUCCCAAGAACGUUGCAUUUAUUUUUGCUCAGUGCGACACGAGAAUUCCCUGCAUAACAGUGCGUUCUGUGGACUUAUCCUAGGACUUACCCUUUUUUGUUUUUUCCCUGGAAAUUGGUGAAUGUCCCAUGAACACACCCGAGCUUGGACCACUGACAUGCAUCACACGGACUGGUAACUUACUUAAGGUUCUUGUGAAUCUCGGGGUCGACUGACACAGCCAUGGGCCGAUUGCUGGAUCUUUGAGAGAAACCGUACUCCUCCUCCUCCUCCUCCUCCACAUCCUCCACAUCCUCUUCCUCUCCAACUCCUCUUUCUCUUCUUGUUUUUACCCAACAGAGUUGGAAGUUGACUCAUCUAAAGCCAAAACCAGGCAUCAAUUGUGAUAUUGUUUCCUUCCCUUUAUCUGCAGACCAUGACAAGCAUUGUUUUUCUGUUUCCCGGCCAAGCAAGGUGGCCACUCCCAGUGCUACUCUUGUAUUUAGCCCCUCUUCUGCUGAGGAGGGAUUGGUGCCAUGCAGCCCCUUCUGGCCCAGAGUCAGAUUCCUGCUCCACCUUAGUCCAGAGUCGCUUCUUUGGCUUCUUCUUGUCUUCAUCAGUGUUCCCCAGUGUGCCUUGUUCCUGGACCCUACAGAACCCUGAUCCACGGCGCUACACCAUCUUCAUCAAGAUGACCAAACCUACAGAGGCCUGCAUGCCAUCACAGCUCCGCACAUUCCAGUAUGAUUCCUUCCUGGAGACCACACGCACUUACCUGGGCAUGGAAAGUUUUGAUGAGGUUGUGAGGCUUUGCGAUAUCUCUGCCCCAGUGGCCUUUUUGGAGGCUGGGAAGCAGUUCCUACAAAUCAGGAAGGGACCUCCUCGAGCAAGCAUGGUCAUCACUGACGGUGACGGGGAAUUCAAAACAGAGUACCUUGUGGUGGGGAAGCGCAACCCCAGCAUGGCAGCCUGUCAGAUGCUGUGCCAGUGGCUGGAGGAUUGUUUGGCUUCCAGUACGUCUAACAGGCCCUGUGGCAUCAUGCAGACUCCAUGCUUGUGCUGGGAUCCACCACCACAACUCAGCGAGGGGGAUAGCUGUUAUCACAAUGGAGUUUACCUGGAAAACUGUUUACCCACUGUAAAAGAGAGCGGAAGAGAUGUUGACAUAAAUGGUGGUUGGAGUGUGUGGGGCCAAUGGGCACAGUGUAGCAGCGAGUGUGGAGGAGGGAUCCAAACCCGGACUCGAACCUGUCAGUCACCUCCGGAGGAGUUGUACCUGUGUGAAGGUGUAGUGGAGGAGGGCCGGCCCUGCAACUCACAGUCCUGCACCGGCAAAGGUCGCCAUCUCUCUCGCAGCCAAUCGCUUCGCUCGGUGGACAGCCGCAAGCGUGAUGACGUAGACAAGCCUCGCAGUGGACAGCAGAGCCCUCAGACAGUAGACUCAACAUCAGGUGAGGAGUGGUCAGCGUGGAGUGUGUGUUCUGCCACAUGUGGGGAGGGCUGGCAGAGUCGCACUCGUUUCUGUGUGUCCUCCUCCUACAGCACCCAGUGUAGUGGGCCACUGCGAGAGCAGAGACCUUGCAACAACUCUGCUGUUUGUCCAGCUGCUCUGAUUGCAGUGCAUGGCGCAUGGGAUGAGUGGUCACCGUGGAGUCUAUGUUCGUCCACCUGUGGUCGGGGUUACAGGUCUCGAACACGAACCUGCACACCCCCACAAUUUGGGGGAGAUCCCUGUGAUGGCCCGGAGAAACAGACCAAAUUCUGCAACAUCGCUGUCUGUCCAGUGGAUGGAGUCUGGAAUGAGUGGUCCAGCUGGAGCUCAUGCUCUGCCUCCUGUUCUAACGGGACCAUGCAGAGAACCAGAGAGUGUAACGGACCCUCGUAUGGAGGCUCUGAGUGCAGAGGAGAGUGGCUGGAGACUGUCGACUGCUUCCUUGGGGAGUGUCCGGUGGAUGGGAAGUGGCAGCCGUGGUCCCUGUGGUCAGGUUGUUCUAAAACCUGUGGAGGGGGAAAUCAGCAGAGAAACAGGAUUUGUUAUGGGCCCUUUUUUGGAGGGCAGUCUUGUCCAGGAGAACAAGAGGAGAUCCGCCGCUGUAAUGAAAAGAGAUGCCCAGAACUUUAUGAAAUAUGUGGCGAGGACAAUUUCUCCAAUGUUGUAUGGAAGAUGACUGCAGCUGGGGACACAGCUGCAGUCCGCUGUCCUCCCAAUGCCAUAGGGCUUAUCCUGCGCCGCUGCACCUUAGACGAGGAGGGCAUCGCCUACUGGGAGAAUCCCACAUACAUGAAAUGCAUUUCCAAUGACUAUCGCAGUAUACAAACUUUAACACGAGAACAUUUGUCCAAAGCACAGCGUGGCCUUGUGGGAGAUGGUGUUUCAGAAGUGAUGAACAAGCUGAGGGUGACCUCCAGUGAGGGGACAAGCUACAGUGGAGAUCUACUGGCUAUCGUGGACGUACUGAAGAACAUGACAGAGAUAUUCAGGAGGGCAUACUACAGCCCCAGCAGUGCAGACAUGAGGAAUUUUGUGCAGUCUGUCAGCAAUCUAUUGAUGGAGGAGAACAGGGAGAGAUGGGAGGAAGCACAACUGCUGGGGCCAAACAUCAAAGAGCUGUUCCGUCUGGUAGAGGACUUUGUGGAUGUCAUUGGUCUAAGGAUGAAAGACUUCCAAGACAUGUAUGAAGUCACCGAUAACCUAGUUUUGAGCAUCCACAAGCGUCCAGUGGUGGGUCAGGCAGACAUCAGUUUCCCUAUGAAGGGCUGGAGGGGUAUGGUAGACUGGGCUCGCAACUCUGAAGACAGAGUCACCAUCCCUAAGAACAUCCUGUCUACUGGCCAGCCAGACUCAGACGAUUCCUCGACGUUUGUAACUGGCAUCGUUCUGUACAGAAACCUGGGCAGCAUUCUGACUCUGCAGAGAAAUAGCACAGUCCUCAACUCCAAGGUUUUGUCAGUGACAAUCAAGCCCACUCCUGCUUCCCUUUCUGCUCCAGUUGUGGUUGAGUUCUCUCACCUGUACAACGGCACCACAAAUCAAACCUGCAUAUCCUGGGACGAGAGUGACAGCGCCUCUCUGCUGGGAUCCUGGUCUGCCAGGGGCUGCAAAGCCGUGCUCGUCGACUCAUUCAGAACCAAAUGCGUGUGUGACAGACUGUCCACCUUCGCCAUUUUAGCACGGCUAAAUCCCGAAAUGAACAUGGAUAAGACACAGCUCCCAUCUGUGACGCUGAUUGUGGGCUGUGGAGUGUCUUCACUGACAUUGCUGCUACUCAUCAUCAUCUAUGUGUCUGUCUGGAGGUAUAUUCGAUCUGAGCGCUCGGUCAUCCUCAUUAACUUCUGCCUCUCCAUCAUCUCCUCCAAUGCCCUUAUUCUCAUUGGACAGACACAGACAAGGAAUAAGGUCUUAUGCACCCUGAUUGCUGCAUUCCUUCAUUUUUUCUUCCUGUCCUCUUUCUGCUGGGUUCUAACUGAGGCUUGGCAGUCGUACAUGGCAGUUACAGGCCGCCUCAGGAAUCGCAUCAUACGCAAGCGUUUCCUGUGUCUUGGAUGGGGUCUCCCUGCUCUAGUCGUGGCAAUUUCAGUGGGAUUCACCAAGGCAAAGGGAUAUGGAACACCGAGCUACUGCUGGCUGUCUCUGGAAGGAGGUCUGCUCUAUGCAUUUGUUGGACCUGCCGCAGCUGUAGUCUUGGUUAACAUGGUUAUUGGGAUUCUCGUUUUUAACAAACUGGUGUCCAAAGACGGCAUUACUGAUAUGAAACUAAAGGAGAGGGCGGGGGCUCUCCAAUCAGGAACACAUCAGUCUCAGAAGCCCCCUCCCAUGUCAUCAGUGAUUGGUCAGAUGACAGUGCCACUGUACAAUAUGACGCUCAAAUGUGCCAAGUGCGGAGUUAUCUCUUCGGCUGACGUUUCCACCACAGCUACCAGUAACGCCAUGGCAUCACUGUGGAGCUCCUGUGUGGUUUUGCCACUCCUGGCCCUCACAUGGAUGUCAGCUGUCCUGGCCAUCACCGACCGACGUUCUGCGCUCUUCCAGAUCCUUUUUGCUGUAUUUGAUUCACUAGAAGGCUUUGUUAUUGUCAUGGUGCACUGCAUCCUGCGCAGAGAGGUUCAGGAGGCAGUGAAGUGUCGUGUGGUGGACCGGCAGGAAGAUGCUAAUGGAGAUUCAGGAGGAUCUUUCCAGAAUGGCCAUGCUCAACUGAUGACUGACUUUGAGAAAGAUGUGGAUAUGGCUUGCAGAUCAGGCACUAUGAAGCGCUCAUCCCUCCAGGGGGAGGAGAAGGCCUCCUCUGGGACCCUCACCCUUCAGAAGGGUUCUAACUUCAACACCAUGCCAGCCAGCAUGGCUAAGGUUCACCUCCAGAAUGUGGCCGACUACACCAGCCACACUCUGACACUGCGCAGGGAGAAAGGUGCCGCCAAGGGAAUCAGCACUGAGCUGCCGGGCGCUAAAUCCAUCUACAUCUGCGAUGGCGAGCUCUUCAAGCAGCUGGAUGGAGAUCUGCCUCGAGGGAACGGUGAGGGUAGCAGCUCCGAGGGUGCUGGCAAAGGCCCAGGUUACGUCAUUCUACCAACCAACAACACGGGCACCCUGAAACCAGCCAAAGGAAAGGAGGAGCAGACAGCCAAGUACAACAUGGGCAUUGAGCAACUGCCUCAGACCAGGCUCAUCCACUUGGCUAAUCCUGCCAGCGGAGAGCCUGUACCUGGCUUUGGGCUUAAGAGCCUGCCUGCUGACCAGGUCAGUGUGUCAUGCUCUGACAGAGACUCACCUGCACACAACCUGCAGAACAUGUCCAGAGACUCCCAGGUGGCCAACAACAUGUGUGAUGGUGGAGAAUCUGGAAACUCUGGUGUGAUGUCAAAGAGUGAGACGGUUUCCACACUGUCCAUGAGCUCGUUGGAGAGACGAAAAUCACGCUAUGCAGAGCUUGACUUUGAGAAAAUAAUGCACACCCGGAAACGCCACCAGGACAUGUUUCAGGACCUGAACAGGAAGAUUCACAGUGCAGACAAGGAUAGAGAAUCUCCACCUGUUGACGCCAAAGCUGCCAAAAGAUGGAGUGUGUCCUCUGCCAGCAGCGACAAGACCAACAUGAGUGACAAACAGCAGACCCCAAGUAAGAGGGCAUGGGAGGGCAUUCGGAAGCCCCACUCCCCCCCAUCAUGGGUAAGGAAGGACCUGGAGACAGUUGCAGCCUCCCCUCUGGAGCUGCAGACAGUGGAGUGGGAGAAGACCAGUGCCACCAUUCCCCUUGUGGGCCAGGAGAUCAUGGACCUGCAGACGGAGGUGUGACUCAGAUUCCGGCCUCACGAACCUCAUCUUCCCUUUUUUUUCCAGAGCUCUCAGACAAACAAGCCAACACACCCCCCCACACACACACUGCCCUGCUCUGUACUCCCACUCAAAGGUUGGAUGAAGCCCACUGCGAGGCCGUGAGAGGGAAGGAGGGUGAAGAGGAGAGUCACAAUAUCAGAAAAUCAGUUUAAACAAUUAAAGAGAGAACCGGAACAAAGCGUCUCCUUCUAUGUUGUUUCAUUUGAUGUUUUGAUGUCCACGAACUACUGGUCAUCUUCUUGUAUAUGGUCUGCUGCCUCACAUGGGAGACCGAUUGCCAAAGUAGCAGGUGAAGCUACUAUGUGUGCAUCAUACAGUCAUGUAAUAAACAGCAUAGUAAAGGUAAUCAUGCAAUGUUUACCCCUGUAUUAAAUGGUUACAAUGUAAUAUUCAUGAUUAUGUCUCCUUUUUUUUUUGACUGUUGACAGUGUUGUUGCAUUACUGUUCCGUUCUCUCUUUUCCUGAUGAAUGCUGAUGCUAUAUGCAGCUCAAGAUGCCUCUGGAUUUCUUUCUUUUUCAACAUCAUUCUAAGGAAGAAAACUGAAGAAGGGUUUGAGGAGGCAGACUGCCAAACAUACACUCAUGUGCCCCUCAAUGCCACUCCCCCGCCCCACCAACAACUCCCCCAAUCCUCUCAGCUCCAACUCUUGAUCCCCUCUGAUCCUAGUGGGGCAGGGUCAGCCCCCAGCGACAAGCAUGGAGGGGUGAAGGGGGAAGAAAACUUUAGACAUCACCCUGAGCCAAAAUGGCAGGUUGCCUUUUUAUGGACGGACACCUCAGAGACGCUGGAGCGCGGGCUGGCAGACUUUUUGCUCAAACAGGCCCUUAACCUCAAUGCCACCCCAUAGAGGGAUAACAUGGACAUCUGGAAGGAGACACGUUCGACAAACUCAUGCUGUGAGGCGUCAGUUUCUCGAUAUACAAGCAGGUUUGGUACAGGAAAUGCUGAACAUGAUAGUGUUUCAGAGAUGCUGAGGAAAAAGGUACUAGUGUAUAUGUGUGUGUGAUGAGGCAUGGAAGAUGAGUAAAUGACUAGAUCAAUAAAUAUAUAUGGUAUGAUGGUUAAAGGUGAUGAUAUAUACAAGGCAGAGGGAGCGUGAGGGAUGGUGGUUGCACACAGAGAAAGCACAAGGCUCAUUUGGAGUCCUGAUGUACAGCAUUGUAAUUAUUUCAACAGAGUUCUACAGAAUGGAUUUUAGCCUAUAAAUAUCUUUCUUACUGUGCUUGGGGAUAGUUGUUAUCAUUAUUAUAAAUAUGAACAUGAUUAUUCUGAUAUUGAUCCUCCCAUUCCCUCCCCCUGUCCUGUCAGGGUACUGGACUAUACGAGUGUUCUGUAUCGCAAUGUAACUGUGUAUUUUGGUAUCACCACCAGUCACUCCCUCAGAUCUGUAUUUGUGGAAACUCGGGCCGUCGACUGCCAACCUCCAACCACUUCUUUGCACCCCACGAGCCACACACACCCUCCCCGCCUCCCCUCACUCCCGUUUUUAUUUUACUGGGGUCGCCUCUUUGUUAAUGUACAGUUUUCAGAGCACAAAAUGAAUGUGUCUUAUUUCUAAUAAAAGCAUAUCUAUAUAAUAAA